UUGGGGUGGGGGCGCUGCGACGUAGGGCUCGUCGUAACUGUUUUAAAUAGUUUUCCGACCCUGCUGUGGCCAAGCCUGGCUAAUGUUACUUGUGUCCACGGGCUCUUGUAGACACUGUACUGAGCGUAAGGGUUUAUGAGGGACUCGGUGUUUUAUGGGGGAGCCCUGUCUAGACUGGAACAUAAAACCAGGCCUGUUGCAAGCACCUAGUCAGCUUUCCAGCCGUACUCUGCCUAAACACUUCUCGGCACUUGCAUAUGUAGUGGCUCGGUUGUCAACAUGGCUACUGACUCAGAUGUGCUGCAUUUCCAGUUUGAACAGCAAGGGGAUGCUGUGUUGCAAAAGAUGAACCUCUUGAGACAGCAGAAUUUAUUUUGUGAUGUAUCAAUAUAUAUCAAUGAUACUGAGUUUCAUGGACACAAGGUGAUUUUUGCUGCCUGCUCCACAUUUAUGAGGGAUCAGUUUUUGCUCAAUCAGUCGAAACAGAUGCGAAUCACCAUAUUGCAGAGUGCUGAGGUUGGCAGAAAGUUACUAUUGUCUUGUUAUACUGGUGCUCUCGAAGUUAAAAAGAAGGAGCUUUUGAAAUAUCUCAUUGCUGCAAGUUAUCUUCAGAUGGUCCACAUUGUAGAGAAAUGUACCGAAGCAUUGUCUAAAUAUCUGGAAAUUGAUGCUUCUAUGGAGAACAGUAAUCAGAACACAGAGAAAUGUCAUUCUUCGGAUAUUGAGCUGAGAAAUAAAGAUGACAGUUUAGAUAAAGACUGUGAAAUAAUUGAAAUUUCUGAAGAUAGCCCUGUUAAUGUAGAAUAUAAUGUAAAACGGGAGAAAGGGGAUGUCUUACAACCUGCAAUGCAAAGCUUAAUAUCAGAAAGAAAGGACAUGAAAACUCCAGAGAUUUCCACAGUUGAAAUAGGAUAUAAAGAUGAUGAAAUUUGUAUCUUCAGAAUGGAUUCCAUGAGCACAACCAAUGUGGAAAAUGAUCAUUUUCCACAGCCUUGCACUUCGUCUAAAACAAGCUUGUAUUUUCCAGAAACACAACAUUCACUGAUAAAUUCUACUGUUGAGAGUAGAAUUACAGAAGUACCUGGGAGUCAGUUUCAGGGCUUUGUCAGUGACAAUACAGAAGGAACCUCGAGUGUAAUGAGUGGGUUUCAGAGUUUGGAGGAUUCUGGUUAUUCAUGGCGGCACCAGUGUCCUAAAUGUCCCCGAGGUUUUGUCCACCUUGAAAACUAUCUGAGACACCUAAAAAUGCACAAACUCUUCUUAUGCUUACAGUGUGGGAAAACAUUUACACAAAAGAAGAAUCUCAACAGGCAUAUCCGAGGGCACAUGGGUAUCCGCCCAUUCCAAUGCAUGGUUUGUCUGAAGACAUUUACUGCUAAAAGCACGCUUCAGGACCACUUGAAUAUUCACAGUGGGGACAGACCUUACAAAUGCCAUUGUUGUGACAUGGACUUUAAACACAAAUCUGCCCUAAAAAAGCACUUGACUUCAGUUCACGGAAGGAAUGGUGGUGACAAACCAAACUUUGACACAAUUACACAAAUCAAAAUAGACUAUGAUUAGUGGAUCUCUGGAUAGAUGUAAAGACGUGCUCUAUUUAAAACCCUGUUGUGGUGAAAUGCCAGAAUUUCACCAAAUCUUUAUGUAACAGAGACAAGUGCAAAUAUCUAAUUUUUGUUUACUGUGUUGAAACCUAGUAUUGUGCAAUUGUUUGGAUAGUUUGCUAGUUUAAGGUAAAUGGCAAAAUAUGGGAACAAAAUUUGUGCUCCUUUACAGGUACUCACGGUAUGGAUAAAAGACAGCUCCUCACACCUUUUUCUUGCUUGUGUUUCACACAUCCUCCUCACACUGCUAAUAUUUGCAGGACCCUUUAUCUCAAUGAGCUGAAACCUGAACUGUUGCUUUCCCAUUCUUUAAUAGAGUGGGGAAGGGGAUGUCAAUCCCUAUUCAGGGAGUCAAUCAUUCUCUUUCAAUUGAGCAUUCUAAGAGCGAUAGUUCUUGUUUCAGUUUAUGGUGAGGUCACCUACCUCGUUCACCAAAUUGUUGGCUCUUUUAGCAGCAAAGUCAUGGCCUAUUCUAUUCUAUAUAGAUUUUUUUCUACCACUCUCAUCAAAUCUGAUUCUCAAGUUGUAGGUUUAAAAAAUAAAAACUGGAAAACUCUCUAAUGAAACUUUAAAAUUGUCUUUAUAAAUAGGGGAGGAGUAAAAGACACAAACACGAUUCAGUUCAGUUUUAACUGAAGAGGGUCUCAUUUUAUUCAUGUUCUAAAAUUUUCUAACCUGUUUUUGACAGUUUUGUUCUCACUGAUACAAAUUGUCUGGUUGAACACUUGUUUUAGUAAUCAAACCCUAAAUUAAUUCUUUGCCUUCUGAUUGUAUUUUACAAAACUAAGACACACAUAAAUCUCAGAUGUGUACUGCCGCUAUGAAAAUCUGAGCUACAAGCUGUCACGUAUUAGGAAUCUAUAUCUAUUUGAAAGACGCUCUUUCUGUAUAAGGAGCAGUUUGGAUACUGAGGACUCUUCAGUCUCUAAUUGUAUGAUAUUGUAAAACACGAUUGUAUGUGUCUGGGUAGAUGUCUUGCACUUCAUGGUUUUACCUGCAGGCAUCAAACUGCCCUAUAACUCAAACUCUUUUAUCUUGUGCCUGUCUUUGAGUGGCAUAUAUGUUUCUUCUGUUUAAUGUGGUAUAAAUAAAAAUCUUUAUAUAGUUAUUGGAGUGGAAUAAUGCCAUUUAUUCUAGAUCCUCUUGAAUUAGAAAAAACAGCAGCACUCUUUCUUGUGUAUUUAUAGUGCAUAAGGAUAUAUUUCCACAUUGAUCUUAUGUCAGUUGCAAAGGGAUAUCUUUAGUUAACUUCCUGUAUAUCUUGUAGUACAAAAGCCACUCAUUUGGCUUUCACUCACCAGCCAAUUAGGUGGGGUUUGUGUGAGCAGUAUAUACUGUGUAACUUCCUAUUAUUCGUCUGUAAUAGCAACGUUCAACUGUACUGGUAUGAUGGCUGUUCUCUCUCCUGGAAACCCAAUUUUGGCAGGUUUAAUACUUUAGCCAUUUUACCUUUGUUUCAGGAUGAGUUUGUAAUAGGUUCUUCACUUGACAGUUAGAAUCAUGCUUUGAAUAACUAAUUUACCAGUCACUUAUUAUAGUCCCUGGAGGUCUCAGCUGAGUUCAGGGUCCCAUUAUUUUAGGCAUUGCACAUGAACAUCAGAGAUAAUUCCUGUCUCAAAUGGUUUACAAUCUAAAUAGAUAAGCUAGAGGGUGAUAGGAAGUACUGCUAUCUCUAUUUUACAGAUUUUUACAGUACCCUCAGGCUACUGAGGCACAGAGAGACUAAUGAAGAACAUGCUUCAGUUCAUUUUACAUAGUGUGAAGUAGUCCUAGUGAAGUGAAUUGGUGGACUAGUCCAUGUGUAAAGUUAAGCAUGUAUAUAAGUCUCUGUAGGAAUGGGACCCAAAUGAUAUGCCCAAGGAAGGCAUAACUGGCCAACUGAAACAAUAUCCUAAGUCCCAGUCUAGUGCUUUAAGCAUAAGAUAUCUUUCAUCUCUCUGUUCUGGCAUUCUUAACUAUAACAAUUAUAUUUGUCAAAUUAAGAGUUUGGGUUUUGUUUCCUUAUUUGCCGGACACUGCAUAAUGUAUUUUGCGAUUUUUAAGUUUGAAACAUGGCUGUUUUACAAUUGUGAUAAUUGCUUUUUAUGGCAUUUUGUUAGUUUUGAUUUGUAUUCCUUGGCUACAUCUGUGUUUGCAGUCUUGUUGAACUUGCAUUUAGUGAUGGGUGUGCCCUCACACAGUAACAAAUGUAAAGGAUUCAUUUUUGGUUGUGUAAAUGUCUUUACUUAGUGGUAACAUUAACGGCUCACCUGACUUCCAAAAACAUAUUCUUACUCUGCACUCUUGGUUAGUGUAGUAACAAAUGUUAACUGGGGUGUAUGUACAGGUUUAUAUCUAACUGUUUAUUUAUGCCUGCAGAUUUGCACACUUUUUUUUAAAAAAAUCAGGUUCUUAGGAGAUGUCAGAAAACAUUGGAGAACUGUAUUAAACUAACAAAUUAAGGAAAACUUGAUACUCCUUUUAAAUUGGACCCUUUGUAAUAUUGUAUAGAAGUUAAAUGUAUUGUGCUGUUUUAGUGCAGAUAGAGCCUUGGUUUGGCUGUCUUAGGCAUUUUAGUUGAACCAACUCAUUCUGGCAAGUGCAUGAGUCUCAGCAAUAUGAAUGUAAACAAUCAUUGCCUGAUACAGGUGUGUUACUCAUAUUUCCCUAACUGAUAAAAGGGAAAUAGAGGCUAUGAUCCUGAUAUGCACUUUCUAUGUGAGGAUUGGUAACUCUUUUUUAUUCAGCAGUUGUAGUGCAUGUACAUCUGAGAGGAAGCUGUGUGUACCGCUUUGGUGGCUAGAAUUUCUUAUGUGAUGAAUUUUGUUAUAAGAGAACGGGACUCGGGCAUAUAUAUGCAUAUAACUCCCCUUGUACCACUUUCUUAAAUGUAACCAUUUGCUCUAUUUAUAACAUAAAUAAAAUGGAAUGGAAAU